UCUGAAUAACAAAAUAGUCAAAUACAAAACCCCCACAAAAAGAGGGAUUCUCUGAAAACACUCGAAAACAAAACUUAAAAGAUCUUUGGUUUACUUUUAAAGUCAAGACAGUUCAAAGAGUUAGCUCAAUGAAGGUACACGAGACAAGAUCUCACGCUCACAUGUCUGGGGACGAACAGAAGAAGGGAAAUUUACGGAAGCAUAAAGCAGAAGGGAAGGUUCCAGAAGGUGAACAGUCUCAAAAGAAAGCAAAGUCGGAGAAUGAUAAUGGCCGUUCUGUCAACGGCGCCGGAGAUGUCGCUUCAGAGUACGAUGAGUUUUGCAAAGCGGUUGAGGAGAAUCUGUCCGUUGAUCAGAUUAAAGAAGUUCUUGAAAUCAACGGCCAGGACUGUUCUGCUCCUGAAGAAACCUUGCUAGCUCAAUGCCAAGAUUUGCUGUUCUAUGGGGCGUUAGCUAAAUGUCCUUUAUGCGGAGGAAGUUUGAUUUGUGACAAGGAAAAGAGAUUCAUCUGUGGAGGUGAGAUCAGUGAGUGGUGCAGUUGCGUGUUCAGUACGAAAAAUCCUCCUAGAAAAGAGGACCCGGUUAAAACCCCUGAUUCCGUCAUGAACUCUGCUAUAUCUGACUUGAUCAAGAAACACCAGGACCCUAAAAGUCGACCUAAAAGAGAGUUAGGCUCUGCUGAUAAACCCUUCGCUGGAAUGAUGAUCUCGCUCAUGGGACGUCUCACGAGAACACAUCAAUAUUGGAAGAAAAAGAUUGAGAGAAACGGUGGGAAAGUCUCCAAUACUGUUCAAGGCGUAACAUGUUUGGUGGUUUCUCCUGCUGAAAGAGAACGAGGUGGUACUUCAAAGAUGGUGGAGGCAAUGGAACAAGAUUUGCCGGUUGUGAGUGAAGCAUGGCUGAUCGAUAGUGUGGAGAAGCAUGAAGCACAGCCACUCGAAGCUUAUGAUGUGGUCAGUGAUCUUUCAGUGGAAGGGAAAGGAAUCCCAUGGGAUAAACAAGAUCCUAGUGAGGAGGCAAUUGAAUCCUUAUCGGCCGAGCUCAAAAUGUAUGGGAAAAGAGGAGUCUACAUGGACACGAAACUUGAGGAGAGAGGAGGGAAAAUUUUCGAGAAAGAUGGACUCUUGUAUAACUGCGCCUUCUCGAUAUGCGACUUGGGAAAAGGGCGUAAUGAGUAUUGCAUUAUGCAGAUGAUCACAGUGCCUGAGAGUAACCUGAAUAUGUACUUCAAGAGAGGAAAAGUAGGAGAUGACCCUAAUGCGGAAGAGAGGCUCGAGGAGUGGGAAGAUGAGGAAGCUGCUAUCAAAGAGUUUGCAAGGCUCUUUGAAGAGAUAACAGGGAAUGAAUUCGAGCCAUGGGAACGUGAGAAGAAGAUUCAGAAGAAGCCUCAUAAGUUUUUUCCUAUUGAUAUGGAUGAUGGGAUUGAAGUGAGAAGUGGGGCGCUUGGACUAAGGCAGCUUGGUGUUGCUUCUGCUCAUUGCAAGCUGGACUCCUUUGUUGCGAACUUCAUUAAAGUUCUGUGUGGUCAAGAGAUUUACAAAUAUGCGUUGAUGGAGCUCGGAUUGGAUCCGCCUGACCUGCCUAUGGGAAUGCUAACUGAUAUUCAUUUGAAACGAUGUGAAGAGGUAUUACUGGAGUUUGUGGAGAGAGUUAAGACAACAAAAGAGACGGGUCAGAAAGCUGAAGCAAUGUGGGCAGACUUCAGCUCACGGUGGUUCUCUUUGAUGCAUACUACAAGGCCGAUGCGAUUGCACGAUGUCCAUGAGCUCGCAGACCAUGCCGCGUCUGCUUUUGAGACGGUGAGGGACAUAAACACAGCAUCUCGUUUGAUAGGGGACAUGCGAGGAGACACACUCGAUGACCCGUUGUCUGACCGCUACAACAAACUCGGUUGCAAGAUUUCUGUGGUGGACAAAGAGUCCGAAGAUUACAAGAUGAUUGUAAAGUACCUAGAGACUACUUAUGAGCCUGUGAAAGUCUCUGAUGUUGAGUAUGGUGCGUCAGUGCAGAACGUUUUUGCAGUCGAGUCAGAUGCUAUUCCUUCAUUAGAUGACAUCAAGAAGUUACCGAACAAGGUCCUUUUAUGGUGUGGGUCUAGGAGCUCAAAUUUAUUGAGACAUAUCUACAAAGGGUUCUUACCUGCUGUCUGCUCUCUUCCAGUUCCCGGUUAUAUGUUUGGGAGAGCGAUAGUGUGUUCAGAUGCAGCUGCAGAAGCUGCAAGGUAUGGUUUCACGGCUGUGGAUAGACCAGAGGGAUUCCUUGUAUUGGCCGUAGCAUCACUUGGUGAAGAAGUUACAGAAUUUACAAAUCCACCAGAGGACACGAAGACAUUGGAAGAAAAGAAAGUAGGAGUGAAAGGGUUAGGGAGGAAGAAGACUGAAGAAUCAGAGCAUUUCAUGUGGCGAGAUGACAUAAAGGUUCCUUGCGGACGGUUAGUUCCAUCGGAACACAAGGACAGCCCUCUCGAGUACAACGAGUAUGCUGUGUAUGAUCCGAAACAGACGAGUAUAAGGUUCUUGGUGGAAGUGAAGUACGAAGAGAAGGAAACCGAGAUAAUCGAUGUUGAACCAGAGUAGAAUGUAGUACAGGAGUCGGUUUGAUUUUUGGGGUGGGCGGCGGCGAGAAGCCAUGAGAGGAUAUGGUUUUUUGGUGUUUCAUGUUUUUCUAUCUAGGUUGCUAUAUAUGGUGAAUGUAAAAGUGGCUUCUUCUUUUGGGUUGUAAGGAAACUAUCUUUAACUAAAUGACUCUUGCUGUGUAAAGCUUUUAGCUGUGUACAAUAUUAGACUUACACGGUAAUUAGUCCUCUACUGUUAAUGGUCUAAACCUAACUGUUUCAUGUUUGUUAAGAAGUUUUUACAAUAGAA